AUGAUUACAACGCGAAUUCUAUUGAUUAUUAAUUUUUUUACUUUUCUUAGUUUAAAUUUAAGAAACUUUUCUAAUAAUUCUUUUAGUAAUUUAAAUCAGGGUAGCAAUCUUGUUUGCAAUAGAUUUUUGAAUGAAACAACUACAGGAUCAGUUGAAGAAAAUAAAGAUAGAAGUCCCACCACUGAUGUAGCUGAAAAGCAAGCUGAUCAAGUUUCCCCUGAUGCUAGUGGUGUUAGUCAAGGUGAACAAACUUUAACUGCCACAAAUGGGAAGACAACUCAGUUAACUACCCAGAGUGAUCCUAAAGGACCUGAGCAUACAAGUGAUCCUACUGCAAGCUCCCCAAAUCCUUCAGCUGAUGCAAAACCUCCUAGUAAUGAAGGCGAUGGAAGUUCUGGCCAAGUAACCAAAGUUGAAACUAGUGUACCUAAGCAAGAAAAUCAAAAUGGACAAAGUCAAACCAUUGCACCUGAUAAAGCACCUGAAGUGCCUUCACCCCCCUCAGAUUUAAGCAAACAAACUACAGAAGUAAAACCUCCACAAACUGAGGAAGAAAGUGGUGGUGAAGUAAAAACUGGUGAUGCAGCUACAAGUGUUAGCAAAACACAAGAAGUAGAAGUUUCAGAGCAUGUACAAACGGAUGUUGAUGGGCAUAGUAAAGGAAAUUCCUCAACAGGUGAUUCAAAUAAUGAAUUAACAAAUCCAACUAAUAAAGAGAAAUUAGAUGGUGAAAGUCCAGAACUAGUUGAAACCCCAACUGUGAUUGAAGAUGAUUAUGCAUCUGUACAUUCAGAAGAUCGUAUUGAAAGAACAAUCGAAGAAGACACACCAAGAAAUAGUCAUGGUACGGAAUACAAUAAUUUCGAUAAUUUUAAUCGUCUAAGAAAAUAUAAAUUAGGAAAAAAUGCAUCUCAUAUGAAUGAAUUAAAGGAGAUGGAAGAAGAAAAUGAAAAAUCUUGCACACAUAACAAUGGAGGUUGUGGUGAUGAUAAAAUAUGUAUAACAACUGCUAAUAAUAAUAUAGCAUGCAUUUGUAAGGAGGGUUAUUUAGUAGGAAAUCAGUGUGUAAUUUCACAAUCAUCUUCAUUAAAACCACUUCUUUCAUUAGUUAUUUACACUAUUAUUUCUUUGAUAAUAAUAAAUUAG